AUGUCUGUUGCAGCACACACGACGCCCUCAGGCUAUCUCUUACCGUCUAUCCACUCGGCUCCCCCAUUCUUCACCAAACAGAUCAAUCCUACCACUCGGUCAAUCGCUGAUGACCACUGGGCACGGAUUAUACUUGGAUACGCUAGACAUCGAAGGUUAUUCACCCUGCGUGUAGAAGAUGCGGAGACCUCUGGGAACGACUGGGAUGAGAUCUUUCGAAAUGAGAGGAUCAACCGGCGGCUUCUACCAGAUCAUCUAGCAUCUCUGAUAUCUUCUAUGGUCACCAACAACCUCGCUGUAUACGAGCCGCCAAAGCAAACGCGCUCGGUACUCCUUUAUUGGCGACGUCCGGAAGAAUGGGCAGAUGUACUCCAUUCAUGGGUCGCAUCGACGGGCCAAAUGAACACCAUUAUGACGUUCUACGAGAUCACUGACCCCCCAGUAGAGUCUCCGUUAUCUUCCCUGCCCAUUGUCAUCCUUCGUAAGGCCAUUGAUGUCUUGAGCAAGUCGGGCAGAGCGCAGAUAAUCGCCAUUGCUGAUGGUGAAGGUGUACGUUUCUUCCCUGGGGGGAGUAAGAUAUAG